GUGGACUUCAACCCAGGCCCAAUCGGGUUUAAGAAACCCUAUUGGGUGAGGGUUAAAGCCCUGUGUGGAACCGCCCUGAGAUAAAUAGUAGAUUCCCACCCACUGCUGCUAAAUGGCCACAGAGAGUACCUGGCUAUUACCGGACACCUUUGUCAACAUCAGCCUGACUGGGAAGGCACAGGGGGUGGAGGCCGGUGACGGGGAUGGGACAGGGCAUGGGACAGUUUAAUGAAUAAACCCUAUUCCAAUGUACCUUCACUUCUAGUAUCCAUAUUAUGAAAGAAAUUUUGAAUUAAUUUUUCCAACUGCAAGUUAGAAUGAUGAGAUUUGAAAUAACUAUUUUCCUUUAGCUGUGAUGUGAAAAUAGCAAGAUCCUGAGGGUAUACCAUUUGCAUAUGUAUAGUUAAAGGAUUAAUAUUUGUUUCUUGAAUAUUCAUUAGAUACAUCUGAAAAAGGAAGCAGGUUAUAUAAUCAGUUCAGAUUCAAUUAUAUUUUUCUCUGUAAAGUUCACAGAGUUAAUAGCUACUUAACCAAAAUGCAUCCAUGCGUGCAGUGAUGUUCUGACAUGCUGGCUGCAAUCCAAAGAGCAAUGCAGUCACAUGUCUAAGGACCCAAUGGACUUAAAAUAUGUAAAUAGCAAUCUUCUUCCUUCAUUGAUGUCACACAGAAGGCCAGUGAUAAAAGAAAGGUAUUUCUUAAAAACGCUUUCUGAUAUGGAGAGUGGUAUCUUUCUUUUAAGAGAAAAGUUACACUUAGCGUGCAUUUACAGUGUUAAAUUAAUGCAGUCUGACACCACUUUAACUGUCGUGAGUAAAUGCUAUAGAAUCAUGGGAGUUCUUGUUUUAGAAGACCUUUAGCCUUCUCUGCCAAAGAGUGCUGGUGUCUCACCAAACUAUAAAUUCCUGGAUUUCAAAGCACUAAGCCAUGGCAGUUAAAGGAGUGUCAAAACUACAUUAUAGCCAACCCUCCACAUUUGCUGGAGUUCAGGGCACAGGACACUCACAAACUUUUUAAAAGUGCUAAUUCUCACUUGAAAGAACACCUCUUUAGCUAUCUCUAGAUCUUCCAGCAUCACCCUAUCAAUAUUUCGAAGAAGCUGGUCACAGAGUUGCACUGAAGGAACUGGAGUUUCCUAAAGAGAACAUUUUAAAUCACAACCAAGAAUAAUCAAAACAGCAAAUGCCAAAACUAAAUGUGGAGGGUCAACUAUGUUUUAUAGUGUAGAUGCACCCUUAGUAAAGGGUCCAUUGGGCACCUGAAGUAAUUCCUUAGACCCAGGUAACUGGAAACCUUUUUUAAACCCGAAGCAGGGAAUUGUUGUUGGUGAUGCUGUUUUGGAUAACGCGAAACAGAGACAAAUUAAGUGUUCCCAGAGACUGAAAGAUAAACAAAGGGAACCCAGGUGUGAGAAAGAGUGAUGCCGUGAGCCAGAGAGAGUAAUUUUAAGGAAUUGGAGUCAACGUUAGAUGCAGAGAUUAACAGUGGAUUUUCAUGUGUCAAGUUGCCUGUCAUGGGAAAUCUGAGUUAGGAGUUCUGUUCUUGAGUUUGUAUCUUGUUUUUCUGAUUAAGUUCCAUGCCUUCUGUUUGGAUUAUAAAUCUUGUUACAAGUUUCAAGCCUUUGGGAUUAUAGUCAAGUUCAAGUAUCAAGAUUUUGGAUUAUGAUUAUGUUCAUGCUUUCAAGCCUUUGGAUAUAAUUCUAGUUUAAGUGCAACAACCCUUGGAUUACAGUUCUUGCUUUUGCUUUAAGUGAUUUUUGGAAUUCCUAUUCAGAGUUGGUUAUUGCUUUUUGUUAAGCUUCUGAAAAUCUAACUCAUGGAUGUAUUUCGAAACUGUUUUUAUAUUAUAUACACUUUUCUUAAUAAACUUACAAUUCUUGUUCAUCUAUGUGGUGUUUGAGUGAAAAGGGGAUCAAGUAGGCGACUAGGCUACAACAUGCACUGUGAACGCAUGUGCAUUAGAAUUGUGUUUUUCCAUUCACUGGAGAUAUAAGCAAUGCAUUCCUAUUUAAUAUAGCAUUUUUCUACCUAACUACUACGGACUGCACCUUCUCCAUGAUUCUAUGUCCCAAGCUAUUAAUAAGUAAAAUCCAUCAACUUUUCCCAAUCUUGUCACUUACCUUGGAGUGAUGGGUCCUUUUCUCUUCUGUGGCAGCAUGUAGGCAGUGAAGUGAUGUCAAGUGGUGAGAUACUUCUCUCCCCAUCUUCCCCCUUCCCCCUGGUAUUCCCAAGCUGGCCAUUUUCAUAUGAUUUUAUAGUUCAUAAUUAUAUUUUCCUUUGCUGUUUUCAAAUGCUAGAAUUGCACAAUUGUGAUAAAAAUAUAAACUAAAAAAAUUAAGGACCAUUGCUAAUGCAGGAACGCAGGAUUAUGAGUGUGCAUAAGCAUGAUUACGGCACUACGGAUUGUCAAAUCGAUACAAUUGCAUGAUUGAAGAGAGGUGGAAUAUCAAAGAUGCUCUGUCCAAUAUAUAUCCACUAUCAAUGAUAAUGUGAUAGCAAUGGAAUAGUGGGUUCAUGUGAUAAAGUCUUAUAAAUCUUGAAUAAUAAUAAAGAUGUCUCAGUGGAAAAUGGUGAAAAUCAAGUGUUUAGUAUCAAUGGAAUACAAACCCGAUUGCAUGCCCAGUGUGAUAAGUGUUGGAACUGUCAUUCAAAUCCAGUUUUCAGUUGAGAAAACAAAUCUGAAAAUGCUGACAAUUUUGUAAAAACUUUCCUCAAAUGUGUAUGAGUCCCUCUUUGUUGGUUUCUAACAGUAAGGUAUUGUUUGUAACAGUUAUAAAGUUUUAUAUAUACCACAGAUAAACAACUUGGCUUCAACAUGUAUGAAAGCUGUAAAAGUCUUAUGCAUUUCCCAGUGAAGUUUAGCAAAGGAUCAUUAUCUCUAUUGUUGACAUCUAAAGAGAGGAUGCAAGAGUCAGGAAGGAAGUUUUCAAAAUGUGUGUAAAAAUACUCUAUAAAAGACCUUCCAAGGGGAAUAUUACAACAGGAUACAGUUAAGAAAACAAGAAAAGGGGAUAAAGGGGAGAAUGUCAAACUGUAAACAAAAAAAAAACUCAAGAAAAAAUCUUAAAACACAGUGAGAUGCAAGUGAAAGGAAAUAUAUUAUUAGAAUGUUAAUGUAUUUCUAACUAUGGUUAAUGCAACUGUCCCAGGUUUUUCUAAAAUGUUCUAUAAAUGUUCUUUAUUAAUAUGCAACAGAUGCCUAUAAACAAAACACUUUCCCUUCUCUCUCUGUUUGUGCAUGUCAGAACACAUUUGGAGCCACGUGAUGAAUAGCUCAUCUUUAAAGUAAAUGCAUCCAAUCACACAAGCAUCUCUAUGGACUCCUUCCGAGCACCAAACUAUCAAGAUUUGAAUUAUGGGAUUGAUAACCGCCACCCCAGCUUUCAAAUUGAUUUGAAAACGCAGCGGAGAGUUCCAUAGAUUGCUCACCAAAGGAACGGAACGGGACCGCAGCAGACUAUUAUUAAGAGAUCUUUUUUAUUUUCACUUUCCCCUUCCCUGAACUAUGUAACAAAUCCCCCCAAUAAAAGUAGCAUUUAUUUUAACAAUAACACUCUCUAUCUGGUUAUUUUGUAUCUUUUCUCUGACUCCCUCCUUUGCAUGCAAUCUCUCUCUCUCCCUCCCGUCCUUUUAACUCCGGUUGAGGUUUCUCCGCCAUAGAUUAACAUGGCGGACGAUACAAAUUGGCUCAUAUCUCUAUCAAAAUUACCCCUAGAACGCUCCUCUUUUAGUCCUAACCCUUUCUAAGGCUCCUGACUCGAAGACAACCAGCAGAACCGGAAUCGGUCCAGUUUUCGGCACCUCAACAGCUGACUGUCAAACGGGACCGACGGCUCCUUUCAAGCCAAGCUGCUGCCUUAUCCCGGAUUUUCCUCUCCCCGCGGCCCGCGGAAUGGGUUUAAGAGAUACCUACCCCCUUUCUGUGACCUGGGGAUGGGGGAUCGCUCUCUCGCUGGGGAGACAUAGUUCUCCAAGGACCCUCAUCCUCUACAGCUGCCAGGGGAUGCCCGGACGGGUGCCCUCCACGUUUCAUUCAUACUUUUCAUGAUUUUAUGAAGGAGAAGAACACUCUUCCCCAGACCUACCCCUGAACUUAUGAAAUCCUAUACUUCCAAAGACUGCAACCCACAUGUGCCUCUUCCCCAUGCCAUCUCUACGAAUUCCUCCCAUCACAGAUGAACUCUUUUUCCCUCAUGUAUUUGUGAAUUUUCAUAUUCUAUGUACUUGGACACUCUCAUGACCCACUGUUGUGUUAUGAAUUUCCAUAACGGGUUCCCCAGAUGAUGUGAACUUCGUCCUUAUCAAAUGUUUUCUAUUGCUUAUAUCAUUCAUGAUUCCCCUUUAUACAAUGUCACCCACCUUUAUGGAUUCUCCUUUAUUUCCUUGAAAUCUAUCUAUCUGCCUAUAUGUAUUUGUACUCUUUGGGAUCCCCGGAAAAUAUGUAUUCUUCCCAGCAGGGUUUAUGUUCCAACUUUAUUUUAGUUUUCAUUCUAUCCCAUAUAAUUGUCAAAUCAUGAGAUCAAAUGGGAAAUAUUAUGACCCCAACAUGAACUCUAGCCCUAUGACCCAGACCUCCCUUCCCAAAAAAAACAAAAGGAUAAUCUGCCACAGUUUAAUCCAAUCUCAUUCCGACCGCAUGGACAAUAUAGGGCGAGUCACCAAAUUCCUAAAGGUGACUCACCCCCAGGGCAAACAUUGUCAUAUCCCAGGCCAGGACGCCGCAGGAAGGCACCCUGUGGGGCCGUCAAUGAUGGCUCAUCACCACCCAUCACCACUUCCCGUCUGACACCCCAAGGCAUCUGAGAACGUGACAGGACCCCGGACACCCUUGAUGGGUGCCAUUAAUUCCUUUAGAAAUCGGCCGGGUUAGGAUUAAUCCAUCCGGUCACUUCAUUGUUUCAAUAGCUCCCGCCUCCUCCUCUCUGAUUGGCCCGAGGGGGGACAAAAAGCGGCUCCCCAUUGGGCCAGCAGAGCGAGGCGGGAAACGAAAGCCCGCCUCGUUCAACCUCUCAGCCUAUCCGCGAUCAGAUGGGCGGGGGAGCGGGGCGGGAAAUUCAAAGGGCUGUCAGACCGAAACAUUGUAUAAAUAUGGCUUUAUUUGAAACAUAUGUUACGCUAGUAGAUUGAAUGAUCGCUAUUAGCGUCCUUUUCAGCUGAAUUGCUCAAUAAAAACUCCUUGGCGGAUUUUCCUUCAACUUGGCGGACCUUCUUCAUUUCAGGCUUCAGGUUGUAUUGCGGCUUAUAUUCUUCUUUUGGCUUCGCCAAGGUCCGUUCCCUCAGGACCGGAUCGGCUCCCUUCUUAAGGGGCCCGAUCCCCCAGAAACGCGGUCGACAACAUAAUUUGGCUUUACCACGAAGGGACUUGCUUGGAAGUUCCAAAGAUCAAUUUCUAGGCUAAAAUUCCAAGCGGCGACCUUGGUCCAGAUAUUCUGGAACAGGUUGGGGAGAGAAACGGCUGCAAGGAGGGCCCUCCGACCAACAAUUUGACCUCAUUUCACAUCCAAAUUUCUCUGGCAGUCCCUUUCUCUCUCUAGAUCUGAUUCAGGGUACUGAACAAAGGAGCCAGAUAGGAGGAAGCAGAUUUUUAGCUCCUCGAAGGAAAGGCGCCAACGUGAAACAGGGGACGCCCUGUAAAAAUAAAAGGGAACCGGCCCCGUUGUUGAGACCCAGGUGGGAGGAGCCCUGGAGGUAUUGCACUUCGGAUCAGGGCUCGGUAACAAAUUCCUGGUGAAACGCGGGAACAUCUGGCGCUCGGGGGACGUGUGAGAACAGUCUGGCUUGUAAGAUUACAGGUUCAAGAAUCGCGGGGUAGGGGAACGGUUGUGUUCCCGGGGCACCUGCGGAUUCCACGGACGCCAGCCAUUCAGUCUUGGUGAAGGGAACUCUCGGAAGGACGAGCGGCACCUAGCCGGUUGGGUGAGUCGUUACUCCGUUAACUGUCAGGUACUGGGCAGGGGUUGAGCCAAGAAUGGGUGCUUGUUCAGCACGCCUAGGGUGUCCCACCCCAGCAGACAUCCCCAGGGAUUCUCCAUUGGGCAAGAUCCUGGCCGAUUGGGGUGGGUUUGCAUCGAAAAACAUGGUGCAGGCCAGGUUGGUCCAACUCAGCAAGCGUAAGUGGCCCCUCGUGGCCCUUGAAGGGGGAGUCGCUUGGCCUCCACAUGGCAGUGAGGAUGAGAGUCUCAUUUUGAAACUCCAGAGCCAUUGCCAUGGGGAGGGCAAGUGGACCCAACUUGCUUAUGCUGCAAUGUUCAUGGCCUUAAGCCAGAGGGAGAGUGGAAGGGGGGAGGGGGUCCAAGUCUUCCCAUGCAGGGACGUGGGCUCCAAACCUACCCUCCUCAAAAGCUCCUCUCUAGACCUACUUCCCCUCCCGCCUCCACCAGAAGAGGAACUUCUGGAGACAUUUGCUUGUCCCCCACCUUACCAACCUCAACCCCCAUCCCUUGCCCCACCUCCUCCCCGGCUUUCUCCUCCUGUUCUGAGUCUUGCACCGAUCCAGAACUCCCAGAUUGACCCCUCAAGGGAACCUCUGCUUCCCGGGAUCCCCACUCUCCCAGAUUCACUCUCCCAACCCCCUACCCUUUCGCCCCAUCUCCCCUCCGUUUCCCAACCUCCCAUUCCCUCUCAGCCCCCAAUCCUCUCUUCUCUCUCCUCCUCCCAACCCCCCCAUUCUCCAAUCCUUUUCUCCCUCUCCUUCUCAAUUUCCCUCCCCAUUUUUUAAUGGCUAUCUCCCAUACACGCUACCCAGAGGAUCACCCUUCCCGAUCCCAGACCCUCUCGCCUCUCAGACUUUCCACCCUCUAUUACUCCCCUCUGCGCCUCCUGCAAGGACCCCCCCGUCUCUUCAGCACCCCCAGCUUCUCAGACCACCCCACCAGUCCCCCUAGCGCCCGAAAGACCCAACCUCAGCUGUCCCCCUUCUACUCCCUCAUCAGAAACUUCAUCCCUCCCCCCUCGAAGGGUUUCCCCAGCGUCAGAGGAUCCCUUUGAGCCCCUCAUCACCAAAAAUAGCCUGCGGGCCCGCCCCGCCACUGUAAUGGCCCCCCUACGGGAGGUGAUCGGGGCAAGGGGAGACCCGGUCCUAAUCCAUGUCCCUUUCAGUACAACAGACCUCAUUACCUGGAAGAAGACAACUGCAUCACUUUCCCAAGACCCCUCGGAAAUGACCGAACUUUUUAGAACUAUUUUCCUAACCCAUCGCCCCUCCUGGGCAGAUGUUAUGACUCUCUUGGCUUCUCUCCUUACUCAAGAGGAGAAGCGCCGCCUACUGGCCGCAGCUCAGGCUGAAAUCAUGAAGGCAGACGUAGAUGACGGUAGAGAUUCUGAAAUUAUUUUUCCAACAAAGGAAGACCCCGGCUGGGACUACAAUACCAACGCUGGUAUGAUGUCUUUGAAGGCCUUCCACCGUGCCAUCUUGGCUGGCCUGCCGUUGGUCUAUCCUCGACCUAUAAACCUUUCUAAAUACUAUGACAUAAAACAGACUCCUGAGGAAAGCCCCUCUGAUUUUUAUGAUCGGUUAUGUCGCACUGCAAAACAGUGGACACACAUUGACCCCUCUGACCCCCGAAAUGCGUCCGCUUUAAAUUCCCUGUUCAUUGGCAGGUCAUGCAGGGACAUUCGGCUAAAACUCCAGAAACUGGAGGGGGGAGAAGGUAUGCCCAUCUCCCAGUUAAUCAAUAUUGCUUUUAAGGUAUUCCACAACCGGGAGGAUGCAGCGGCCCAGAAGGAAGAAGAUGACCGGCAGGCUCAAGCACAGGCCCAAGCAACCAGUAUGGUGGCUGCACUGGCAGAACGUGACAGGGGACGGGGAGUUGGGGAGAACAGAGAAAGGCCAGUUUGGAGGGACAGGGGGCAAGGAAGAGAACCACCAAGGGAACUCCGUUGUUAUUACUGCCAGCAGAGGGGGCACUUCAAGAGAGAAUGUCCCGAUCUCAAGGAUAAGGGACCAGAGAGCCGGGUCAUGUGACUAGGGCAGCGGAUCGUCUUGGCCCCCAGUGACCCGUUGGUGCCAUUGAAGUUAGGAAAAAGAACUGUGGAUUUCCUUCUAGACAGUGGGGCCACCCAUUCAGUGGUCACCGAAGGGUUUCGGGGAACAGACAUGGGAGCUAGGAAGACUCAGGUAGUGGGGGUCUCAGGGAAAGAGGCAGAGAGGUCUUUUCUCAAGCCCAUGGAGUGU